AUGGUCAAAUCUGGUGUGGUAUCCCUGCUGACCGAAUUGCCUAUUCUGGUGGGGUAUUGUGGAUCGGUGACCAAUUUGCCCUGGUUGCGCGGGGGCAUGGGCCUCACCUGUUCCGGCUACCUUGUCCGCCCAGGGGCUCAUUUGAAAUUUCAUUGGAUAACAGAAGCAGAAAAGUAUUUAAAAGGCCACGAGCCAGCGUAUCUGCUGAACUACUCAGAUACACCUGCAGCUACAGCGAAAGUCGACUACAGCAAAGCAAGUCCGCUGUCUGGUUCGAAGAUUUACCUGUCGGCGAUAAUGAAGAUCUUCACAGCCUUCACUUUGCUGGCCAUUCUCAGCGUGCUUGCAGUUCUACAUUUCGCAAGUGCAGAGGAAGGACUGGACCAGCACCAUCGAGUCUGUAAGUAGAAUGCGCUGUUAUCUUCCUGGAAAAUCACCUCUUUU